CCCCGCGGCUCCGGUAGCCGGCUCCACCUGAGGCGCCUCCGCCUGCAAACCCCACCCCCGGCCGCUCCCCCGCCGGCGAGGCCCGGCCCAUGGCGAGGAGCUCGGCGGGCUGCGCCGCGGCUCGGGGCGGCCGCUUCCUGCCCGCACCAGACGGGCUCGCAGGUAGCGGCGGCCGCAGCUCAGCCGCGCCAUGCGUGACUACGAUGCGGCCACCGCCUUCCUGGGCGAGUGGGGCCGCUUCCAACGCCUCGUCUUCUUCCUCCUCAGCGCCAGCAUCAUCCCCAACGGCUUCAACGGCCUCUCCAUCGUUUUCAUGGCCGGGACCCCCGAGCACCACUGCGCCGUGCCCCCCGGGGCCAACCUGAGCGCCGAGUGGCUCAACGCCAGCAUCCCGCUGGAGACGCAGGGCGGGCAGGCGGCUCCGAGCCACUGCCGCCGCUACCGCCUGGCCGCGCUCCGCAACUUCUCGGCGCUGGGGCUCCGGCCCGGCUCCGACGUGGAGCUGAGCUCGCUGGAGCAGGAGCCGUGCCUGGACGGCUGGGAGUACAGCCGCGACGUCUACCACUCCACCAUCGUCACCGAGUGGAAUCUCGUCUGUGACAACGACUGGAAGGGACCCUUGAGCACUUCCCUGUUCUUUGUGGGUGUCCUGCUGGGCUCUUUCGCAUCAGGACAGCUCUCAGACAAGUUUGGCAGGAAGAAUGUGCUGUUUGCAACUCUGGCAAUGCAGACUGGCUUCAGCUUCAUACAGGUCUUCUCUACCAGCUGGGAGAUGUUUUCAGUGUUGUUUAUGCUGGUUGGCAUGGGACAGAUCUCCAACUACGUGGCAGCAUUUGUUCUGGGCACAGAAAUCCUUGGCAAAUCCAUUCGUGUGCAGUUCUCCACUCUGGGUGUUUGCAUAUUUUAUGCAUUUGGCUACAUGUUGCUGCCACUCUUUGCUUACUUUAUCAGAGACUGGAGGAUGCUGCUGCUGGCACUCACCUUACCUGGGCUCCUCUUCAUCCCACUCUGGUGGGUGAUUCCAGAGUCUCCACGGUGGCUGAUCUCCCAGGGAAGAUUUCAAGAGGCAGAAGACAUCCUCCGCAAGGCUGCAAGAAUUAAUGGCAUUAGAGCCCCAGAUGUCAUACUUGACCCUAGUGAGCUGCAGGAUGUGGAUUCCCAGAGGCAGCAGUCCUACACCAUUUUGGAUCUAAUGAGAACCCGAAAUAUCCUGACCAUCACAAUCAUGUCAAUUCUUCUUUGGAUGAUAAUCUCUGUGGGUUACUUUGGACUUUCUCUUGACACCCCUAACCUGCACGGAGAUGUCUACCUGAACUGCUUCCUCUCGGCAGUGAUCGAGGUGCCAGCCUACAUCAUCUCGUGGCUGCUGCUCCAGCACCUGCCGCGACGGUACUCAAUGGCUGCUGCGUUAUUCUUGGGAGGCUGUGUUCUGCUCUUCAUUCAGCUGGUGCCUUCACAUGUGCGUGCAGUCUCCAUUCUGCUGGUGAUGAUGGGGAAAUUUGGGAUCACCUCUGCCUUCUCAAUGGUUUAUGUUUACACAGCUGAGCUCUACCCAACAGUGGUGAGAAACAUGGGAGUUGGAGCAAGUUCCAUGGCCUCCAGGCUGGGCAGCAUCCUCUCACCUUACUUUGUUUACCUCGGUGCCUACGAUCGAUUCCUGCCUUACAUCCUGAUGGGGAGCCUGACUGUGCUCUCAGGAAUUCUGACUCUAUUUCUGCCAGAAAGCUAUGGUAUGCCUCUGCCAGACACCAUUGAUCAGAUGCUGUUGGUGAAAGGAUUAGAGUACAGACCUGCAUCUAGCAGCAAGAGGGAGUCCAAGGAGGAAGAAGACCAUCCAGAGAUCUAUAAAAGCACAGCUUUCUGAUGGAACUCCUCUGUGCUUGCUGGGGGACUGAGAGUGAAAUAAAUGGACUUCUCUUCUAAAAUUCAUUCUAGAAAGGGCUAGUGGCAGCACUUUGUUUCCUGUAAUUUUAACCUUAUUUAUUAAUUCAAACACUGUGUUCCAUGCAUUCUCUUUUUUACAUGAACAUAAACCACUGUAGAGCCUUCAAGUGAGAUGGUUCAGCCAGGGUUGUUUGGAUGCCACAGUGCCAUGGGACAGUACCUGAUCAAUUCUUUGUGACUUCUAAGUGUAUAGUUCAGCUGAAAGAUACUUGAAACUGAGUUCAAGGGCUGCCAGGGUACCUGGAUUCCUCGGCUGAACCUCAUCCAGAGCAAAUCAAGAGGUAAAAGUUGCACUUCAAGAGGGAAAAAUUGCCCAUCAAGAGGGAAAAAAAUGGGUUUGAUUCCUUGAUUUCUGGCUCUGGACAGGAAACUUUGUUUAUCCUAGGGAUGGUUCUGAGAAGAUGCCUCUGUGAUCUUCCCCAGAUGAUUUUGCCCCUGUUGGAUUUGUUCCCAAAUUCAGGAAGGUGCAAAAGGAAGACUUUGAGAGUUGGUUUUAACCUGAUCUGUUUGACCUCAGCAUGGCUGGGGCAGCAUUUUCUUGCACUAAAAGAAUUGGUGACACUGAAGUUCUGCUCACAAAACCCACUUGGUUGCCACUGCUGGUUUUCAGCUGUUACCUGUGUGAUGAAGUUGUUUACACCUGACCCUGUUUCCAGGCUCUUCUGUAUCUUAAAGCAAUGCAAAAGGUUUCACCUGUGUGUGGAGGGAGCAGUUUUGAGUUUGUGGCUUCUUCCCCUUUUUUUAAGGUGCUGGAAAGAAUCCUCCUGUCUUUGUUCUGUGCUUUUCACACAACCAGGCAGACAAUCAGUAGAAUUAGAGGUAAAUUUUGUGCUCAUUUGCACCUCUGCAUCAACCCCAUGGUGGCAAUGUGCCGAGAACAAACUUCAGAAGCUCUUUCUGACUGCUGCUUUUCAAUCCUCAAGUGCCAACUGCAGGAGCUCUGCUGUCAGGUCUGUUUCACUUAACUCCUUGUCAUCAGUGAAUUGUUUCCAAACUGUUUAUAUAAAAGAGCCCUCAAACCAGAAAUCUUUUGACAGUCUGCCAAGGAAUUGCUCCUGGGGUGGUGGAAGCACCCUUGGUAUCACCUGUGUUUCUUUAUGUAAUGUAUACAUACCCCCAGUCUUGUCUGUGAGACUCUGCUUCUACUGCCAGAGGGGAGAGCUGAAGGAUUUCCUCCCUCCUGGCACUUUGUUUGUGUUGUGUUCUGCCUUGUUAGAGACUUCAUAAACAGAACCUAAACCUUUGCAGCCAAAGCUGUGGGGGCUUUCCUCUGCUGCAGCAGCUGGUGGUGGAAGUGUUGCCUUUUCCUGCUGGACUGAAAUAGGUGCCAUCACUGAUUUCAGUCUUCUGUUAACUAAGAUCCCUUUUUGUGUCCUGAGCUUCAGCAGUGGGCCUGAUGUUUGCCCAUCAGCCUGCUGAUCAUAGAGACAAGGAGAAAGCACUGCACAGACUGUAGGGGUUUAUUUUGUCUAACUAUAGCUCCUGUUAUUGACACUGCAGGGGUUGGUUUGAUUUAAACUAUUGUGGUUUGGCUUGCUUCAGCUGUAGGGGUUUCUUCAAUUGAAACUGGAGUGGGUUGGUUCAUUUCAGUUCUUCCUACCCCUGUCUGAG